UACCAAACUCGCAUGUUCUCAUUUCACCUUCCUCGGGACAGAACCAAAGUCAAUCCUUGCACCUAAGAUUAAAUACUGCUACAGAAGAGAGAGAGAACCACCUUUCUCUCUCCCUCUCGAUCAGAACAAACCCAGAUGCCACAAUUAAUGAAGAGAAUAAACUUGUUCAUCAAUCUCCAAGUCCAAUCUCUGUUCAUAGCAGUUUGUCUCUUUUCCUGUUCCUCCUGUCUCACGAUCGGAGAGACAUGUUCGUCCAACAGUGAAUGUGACUCCGGCUUACGCUGCGAAAAGUGCGAUGCCAGCGGCAACACCCGGUCCAGAUGCGUUCGGGUCCAACCACUGAACCCCACAUCAAAAGUGAAAGGCCUGCCAUAUAACCAGUACUCAUGGCUGACGACCCACAACUCGUACGCUCUGUUGGGUGCAAAGUCCGCGACUGGUUAUCCAUUACUCUCUCCUACCAACCAGGAAGACUCGGUCACCAGCCAACUCAAUAAUGGCGUUCGAGGGCUGAUGCUAGAUAUGUAUGACUUCGAGAAUGACAUUUGGUUAUGUCACUCCUUUGACGGCAAAUGUCUCAAUUACACAGCAUUUCAACCUGCCAUUAACGUGCUGAAAGAGAUCCAGGCGUUUUUAGAAGCAAAUCCGUCGGAGAUUGUCACCAUUUUUAUUGAGGAUUAUGUGACAUCUUCACAGGGCUUGUCAAAGGUCUUUAAUGCAUCUGGCCUUAGUAAAUACUGGUUCCCGCUGUCACAGAUGCCCAAGAACGGCACCAAUUGGCCGACAGUCGAUGAUAUGAUCCAGAAGAAUCAGCGGUUGGUGGUCUUCACCUCAAAAUCAUCCAAGGAGGCCUCCGAGGGGAUUGCUUAUCAGUGGAACUAUGUGGUAGAAAGUCAGUAUGGAGAUGAAGGGAUGGUAGCUGGUUCAUGCCCAAGUCGUGCUGAAUCGUCGCCCAUGAACACAAAGACAAUAUCCUUGGUUCUUCAGAAUUAUUUUCCUACUAAUCCCAAUGCUUCUGAAGCUUGCGCCGACAAUUCUACUCCAUUAACUACCAUGAUGCAAACAUGUUAUGAAGCAGAUGGUAAACGGUGGCCAAACUUCAUUGCUGUUGAUUUUUACCAGAGGAGUGAUGGUGGAGGAGCCCCCGAAGCUGUAGAUGAAGCAAACGGUCAUUUGACUUGUGGGUGUGACAACAUUGCCUACUGCAAGGCAAACGCUACGUUUGGUUCUUGCGACGUCCCUCCCAUUGCUCCGCCUCCACCUGCUGCUGCAGGAUCUGGAUCAUCACCAGGUUCUUCCAACAUUGCUUACUUGGAUAGUAGGCCAAUGCAACUGCGAUGGUUGUUUGGGGCAAUACUGGCCACUACUCUCUUUUCAUGGCUGUAAUAACCUUCCUCUUCUAUACUUUGAACCACACGGAGCAUUUAUUUGGAUGAGAUUGAUGUCGUUACUUUCAUUUCAGGUUUUGAGAUAAUUAUGGCUGAAAAUUAUAUUAGCAAUUUGGCUUAAUUGCUGUCAAA